UGACUCAGAAGCGAGGUAACAAGAGCCUUUUGUACAUGAAACCUCAAGCCAGUCACUCGCAAACUUGUGACUGGAACACAAGCGUACGCGAAAGAAAACUGAUCAAAAUUAAGCUGUAUAUUCGUUACCUUACGUCGCGAGGUUUUUUUUAUCAAUAUAUUCGUGCUUUUUAUAUUUCUCUCCCUCUGGAUAUGAACUUUCUUUAUCCAACAAUUUUAACAUUAAAAUUGAAAUUGACCAGCCGGUGUUAGUGACCUGUGCAACGUUGCGCGAAAGUUGUAGAACUUUUUUGUUUUAUUUAAACAAAUACAGAAGACAGAAUCGGUGAGCAUGGGACAAAGUGAAAAGAUGGAACAGGAAGAUAAUCGGCCGAAGUGGUUGCUAGAACUGGAGAACCGCAAACGUAAGCCACGACUGGCACACGAGGUUGGCGCUGGCGCGCCUUGUAUGACAUGCAGUACAGCGUGUCCAGGCUUGGAUCUUCACUUUUGGCGUAAAAUAUGCAAAAACUGCAAAUGCAGCAGAGACGAUCACGACGUGCCGAACGACGAAUUUCCACAAUUUGAUCUUUUGUUCGGUCCUUCGGGAAAACCGAACAAAAAAAUGAUAGUACUGAAAGUAAAUAAAAAACAAGCCGAGGACGAGGUGACUUUCGAAUGGGCACCACCCGACACAACGAAAGAACUCGCAGCGGAUUAUAUGAAGGCAUUGCCCGAGGACAAAUUACCGAUAAAAGGUUCGGCCGGUGCGGCUUUGAGAAAACAGCAAUUGCAGCGACAACUUCCUUUGCACGAUAUUGAUCACAAAGUGUGCGACGAGCUGAGCGACUCCGAGAGAAAACAGUUCGAAAAGUAUUUGGAAAACUUGAAGAAAUACGUCGGACAAGGAAAAGUCACGAAGGCCAUGGGUGCUCGUCCUUUCGAUCGUGCACUGAUGACACCAGCAAACGCAGCGGACAUGAACCGUUUCAGUCCAAAGCACAAACAAAAACAACCGGAAACGCAGGGCCACCGUUUGAAUCUCCGAACUCCUAGCAGUUUCGUCCAAAAAACCGGAUACCCGAGUUCCCUGGGGUCCUCGGAGCUGACGAACGGUCUAGGAAAUCGAAACACAAAUUCACCUUUGCGCGAUCACAGCCCGAGCGCUUUGGCUCGUUUCGAAAACGUGCGUUCGCCGGCGUUCGGACAAUCGAUAACAGAGGAUUCGCCACAGGGAAGAUACCACAGAGCUUUGAUGAAAGUUCGAAACGACGGUGAAAUAACGAGAUCCGUGCCCGUCGCGGGGACUCGAAAUCCUCCGUUGAAUUUCGCUGGGACGAGAACGAUCGAUGAUCCCAUUGCAAAUUCUUUGGCGAACGAAGACCAAGUGAGAAUGGAUGAAUCGGUGAACUCUUGUACGAGGAACAUUUACAAUCCGGCUGUAGAAUUCGCAGCUUCGAAUAUGACAAACGAGGCGAAUUGCGGGGUGAAUUCGAUCCUGGAAAAUCUAGGAAAAACAGAAAACAAUCAAGAAUUAAAUUACGCUAGUCCCGGCACCCUCGGAGACCGAAAAACCGUUGUAUCUUCGGCUACAAAAUCAACAAUUAAUCCUGAGACUUCCGCAGCUUUGUCCAAUUCAAUAAUGAAUUCUUCGAGCCUGAGCAACUCAGAGACGCCAUACGACGAAGCAGCGAUCGCACGAAACCGGGAAUGGGCAGAAAAUUCGUUGCUGGCUGAAAAAAUGUUGAACGAAGCACUUUUGCCGCCCAGCGCCAUUCACGCCCAUGACAUCAUUGGCAGCACCCUCGGCGAAGAGGGUCUUUCCCUGAUUCGUGAAAAAUUGACCUCAAAAUAUAGCGCGAAGGAAGAACCCGUGAGUCUUCUAGGUCCUUCGAGAUCCCGCGGAUUUAUGCUCGGCGAGAAAAGAGAGAACGGCGCAAAAGCUAAGCGGACUGAUCAGCUUCGGCGUCAAGGAGCGUUUGACAAGGAGCUCGACCGGAGCGAUGUCACUCAAGGAAUUCCCAUCGAGAGCGACGAACACUCGUCGAAGCAGUUUGCUGACAAUUCGUCACUGGGGACGGAGCAUUUGCACGAAAGUUUUGACAACUCGGCAGGCAACGGAAUAUCGAAAGAAAACAAAAUUUCCGAUGGUACACGUUUCGAUGAAACUUCGAGCAACGAUCCCAGGAGAGCAAUAAUGCGAGGAAUUUGGGAGAAUUAUGCCAGGCCUGAACAGUCGAGCAAUGAUGUCGUGGCUCACCAGGACGAACGUAAUUCCCCUAUGAACGCCAGGACUGGCUCAAAUUUCAAUAAUAAUUCCCACGUUCUUCCCACCCCGGGCUGCCAAUCGGUACAAGCCGAGUUAAGCAAUUGCGGACCUGGAAGCUCGUACCUUAUUCAAUCCGAAGAAUUAAACAAUCAAAUAUUCCCCGAACAAGCGAGAUUCUCCUCGGGCGUUGUACAGAAUCCUGUUUGCGUUGAUCGUCUGAGAGGUGCCAUGGAAGAAAUGAGUGUUAAUCACCCGAAAACGCAAAACUGUCAUCAGUGCCGGGAAUCCAUACGCACCGGUGACGUUGUCGUCACAGCCGAAAAAGCCCAGGACGCUUUUUGGCAUCCCGGCUGCUUCGUUUGCUCCGUUUGCAACGAAUUACUCGCCGAUCUCGUUUACUUCUACUACAAAGGCAAACUUUAUUGCGGUCGUGAUCUUCCCACACUUCUGGAAAUUCCGAGAUGUUUUGCCUGCGACGAGUUGAUAUUUGUUCGAGAAUACACGGUUGCAGAGGGCCACAAUUAUCACGUAAAGCACUUUUGUUGUUGGGACUGCGACGUGCCAUUAGCAGGUCAACAAUACAUUUCAGAGAACGACCGUCCGCUCUGUUUGCCUUGUUAUCAAAAAACGUACGCAAAGACUUGCAGCACCUGCCAAGGUGUGAUAGCAGCCGAUCAGCAAGGUGUAGCUGUGAAAAAUCUCAACUUCCAUGCCAACGACCAAUGUUUCUGUUGUGCUACGUGUAAAAAGAGUUUGCUCAACGGAAAAAUGGCUAUCAAAGAGGACAGACCGUUUUGUAGUAAGGAAUGCAUCACAAUGUUUCUCAACGAUCGAAUAAGUUAAAAAAUCAUGUAUCCAAGGAUUUUUGCAAAUCAAAACAUACCACAAGUAUUUUCGAUGACUUCUUCCAAAAAUUGAUUCGAAGAAAAAAAAUAUUGCAGUUUGUGAAAAAUAGAUGUGCACGUAGAUAAAUAAAUGUGAACUCAUACAUUU